AUGCUUGGUAUCUGCUUGUGUGAGGUGUUUGGAUGCAGUAGUGUAUCGCGCACACCGACUUAUCUGCGCUAUUUCCAUAACCACCCAUUAAUGGCUUCAAGACAAGCACAAAAACGACUCAACAAGGAGUACCGCGCCAUCGCGACGAACCCUCCUCCGUUCAUAGAAGCCAAGCCAAACGAUCAAGACAUUCUAGAAUGGCACUAUAUCAUUACCGGCCCUCCUGGUACUCCAUUUGAAGACGGUCAGUACCACGGAAUUUUACGAUUUCCCGGCGAUUAUCCGUUCAAACCACCUUCGAUUUCGAUGGUCACGCCUAAUGGCCGUUUUACUUGCAAUACUCGACUUUGUCUUUCCAUGAGUGACUACCACCCUGACACGUGGAAUCCAGCCUGGAGUGUGGCGACGAUUUUGACGGGACUUUUAAGUUUUAUGACCAGCGACGAGGCCACUACCGGGUCGAUAGUGACCAGCGAUAGUGUCAAGCGACGGUUUGCGCGCGAGAGUAAGCAAUGGAACUCGACGGAAGAUCUGCGAUUCAUUAAGCAUUUCCCCGAGGUGGCGAGGAAAAAUAGGGAGGAAAUUGCCGCCAAACAAAAAGCAGACGCUGAGGCCGCGGCAUUGGCGGCAGAAAAAGCAGCAAAAAUGGCGGCGGGUGGCGGUGCGAGUGGUGGGGAAAAGCCAUUUGUGCCGCCAGAUUUCAGCACCCUCGACUCGGAAGACCGCGCGCGGUUGCUCGUGGAGGAAAAUGGUGGGGGACUGCGGGUGUUGUCGUUGAUUUGUAUUAUGGCUGCCGCGACGGUGGCGGUGGUUGUGCAUGUGUUCAAGAGCUGA